AGAACAUCUUUCAGACACAGAUAUGUAUCUUAAUAGAUACGAACCAUUGAUGAAGACAGCCUACUGGUUCAGAAAGUUUUUUGUUGGAAAAUCGUAUAUUACACUCAUUGGGCCAAUAUUCGAUAAUACAUCUGACAAUGCUGUAAUAACAAUAGUAAAUGAGGUCGUGGACAAAACACGUCAGCAAUACAAGAUCAUCAUUAGAACAACACAAAAUAUCAAUAUGACAUUUAUCGUCAAUGAGCUAGAUGUUAAAGACUUUGUACUUCAACUACAAAGCACAGGACAGAUCGGCAAAUUAGAUCUGAGGACCGGUUCCAAGCGCAACCGUCCUUUACGUAGCUUGUCAUCUACGAUAGGCUUCAGUGCAGCCCAUCAGAACACCCUACAACAAGAUCAAAUCUACCAAAAUAAACAAGAUUGCGCGAGAUUUAUGAGAGCGUCACUUCUUUUCCUAUUCCAAGAUAUUGAUUUUCGUUUAUUAGAAGAACUUUCAGCAGAAAUCACGAUCUUGGCAGGAUUAGAAAAGGAAAUUUUGAAAUACGACGAGAUAGGGGUUCCCAAAUCCUAUAAAUUUGGAAUACUAACAGUUCAUGAAGGCCAAAAUACGGAGGAAGAAUGGUUCGGCAAUACGACUUUAUCUACGCAAUUCAAAGCGUUCCUUAACAUAAUUGGAAAGCCGAUCAAACUGAAGGAUUAUAAAGGGUAUACAGGCGGUUUAGACACGAAAGCGGAUGAAUCAGGGGAAAUAGCUUAUGUAUCUUCAUGGAAAGGUUAUGAAAUCGUAUAUCACGCUGCUCCACUCAUGCCUUUACGUUGUAAUGACCUGCAGCAAGUGCAUCGUAAAAGAUACAUUGGCAAUGAUAUUGUUUGCAUAAUCUUCUUAGAAAGCGACAAGCAAAAAUUUGACCCGAGCAUCAUUCGGUCACAAUUUAUACACGUCUUCAUCACUCUGAUAUUAUGUCUAUCUUUCAGAGUGGAAGUGUUACGUAGAAAGGAAGUAGAGAUGUUUUCGCCGUUUAUUACAUGUCCACCACUAUUCUAUGAUGACACCGUAUUCCAAGAAUUUUUAUUAGCAAAACGUAAGGCGAAUAAUUGUGUAUAUCCGAAACUAGUGCUAACGCCUUGA